CUACGGUUCUUGACUCAAGACCUUUCGUUUCACUAAACGAUUUUUGUAAAAGUCUGAUGAAGCAAUAGAGAAAAACAUGGGAUUCUAUCUUAAUCUCAAAUUCAAGGCGUUUCGGUUGAAACGGUUUCUGCUUGGACAUGGACGCAGAAAAAGAAAGCACAAGGUGGCAAAGAAGCCCUCGUGGAUGAUGCCAAUGACAUAUGGUUAUCAUGUGGUGGAACAUAAUAUGAGCAGAGAUGAUUCUGAUAACUCAGACUUUGAUUCAGUUGUGGCACAGAGAGAGGAAAUGAAUCAAACAGAGUUGUGGUAUUUUGGAAUAUUUGAUGCACUGAUUGGAGACAGGGUUAGCAAGUACAUGCAGUCUCAUUUCUUUGACAAGAAGCUUCAAGAGACUCGUUUAAGCAGUAAAAGUAAGGAAGCUCUGAAGAGAGCUUACCAUGGCGUAAGAGCAAAGAUUAGAGAGGAACACAAAUUAGAGGAGACAUGCAGAAUGGGUUCAGCAUCUGUUAUACUGAUCAAUGGAGAAAAACUUGUAGUGGCCAACAUGGGGGAUUACAGAACUGUUGUGUGCAGAGAUGGAAUAGCUCAUCAGACAACUGGCACAUACCGACGAAUAGAAAAAAUGCACUGGUCUCGCCGACUCUUUGCAGGAUUCAUGCUAGGAUGUCAAUCAGGAAAUGCAAAACAUUAUAGAGGCUCCGAUUUUGCGGUUAGAAGUGAAGUGCUUGAUUCUGGUACUGAAUUCUUGAUAUUAGCAAGCAAUGGCAUAUGGGAGGUGAUGAAAAACCAAGAGGCUGUGAAUCUGAUCAGUCACAUAGAGGAUCCACAGGAAGCAGCUGAAUGCUUGGCAAAGGAAGCUUUAAUUAGGAUGACCAAAAGCAACAUCUCAUGCUUAAUCAUUCGUUUUGACUGACACCUUAUCAUGCAGUCCUAAUGGCAGAUAAAGAUUUUUCCUUAAAGCAUGCGCAAAAGUAUUGGUCCAGCUUUUCAUCAUUACACAUCUCAUUUUACUUCUCUUUUAUAACAAAAAAUACUUCUCAUUGAUACAAGAUCAAAACCUUUCCUCGCCCACUCCAUUGCUUAGCUUUAUAUAAGAGUUUGUAUACAAUUAAAUUAAGAUUAACCGAUAAAAAUUCCUUUUCUAAGUAAAAACACUUGUUUCUUGUGUAUUUCUAAACAACCUUUUGAAUGUCUAGAUCUAGAAUAGAACCAAAGAUACCUAUGGUAAGCAUUCAAUGAUUGUGUGAAUACAUUUGUUGAAGAAGCAGAAAAGUUCAUGACUCCAUCACCAUGAAUAUUGAGAAGGAACUAUGUAUUACAUUA